UUGGCCGUGCCUGUAUACUCGCCAGAAGCAAGCAAGACUAAUAAUAUAAUCAAGCAAAACCAGCGUGGCACUUGGGAGAGCUACGAACCUACCUCCGCUCUCUUUUCCAGUUUGCGUUCUGACAAGGUCCUGAUGCCGGUGGAGUGGAUCCCGUUGGUGGGGAUCCUGCUUAACGUGGCCUCUCGAGUGGUGGAAAACACGGGUGAAGCUCUGCGCUACAGGAAGAAGUGCCAACUCCUUCGGACUCGCGUGCAAAUAAUCACGACCCACCUGCGCGCUCUGAACGAAGCACAAUGGACGCCGGACCCGCUGGCGACCAAGGACACACUGGAAUGCCUUCGCCAAGUCCUCGGCCGCGCCGAGGCCCUCGUGGCGUCCUGCCUUCGCAGGAAGAAGGCCUUCGACUUCCUCAAGGCUUUCAGGAACAAGGGCGAGUUCGCCUUCGUGGAUGAGCAGAUCAGCCACAUCAUGGAGGCCUUCCACCUGGCCAAUUAUACCCUGCUUCUUCUCCUUUCCAACGACCGCGACGACCGCAUCUUCAUGGUGGUGCUUGACACGCUAAUCGAAGAUGGUGCCUGCAGGCGCCUACCGCAGAACAAAAAGGAUGAAGUGUUCAAACAUAUGAGCGGAUUGCCACAAAGUGACAAUAUGCCACCGGAGAAGAGGAAGCGGCUGGAUUUGAUAACAAGGGACCUAAGAGCGGGAUCAUACCUGCGACAAUGCGGGUUCGCAGGGAGCACGUCGUCAGGAAACAGGGGCCAGAACCACAACGACGACCCUGUGCUGAAAAAAGUUGCCGACUUGGCGGAGGCACUCGUGGAGGAGGCGAAGGCUGUGAGGAGCCACAACAAGGAGGAGGUUCAGCGGGUGGCCCAACUCGCGCAGAAGGUGAUCUACCUCCUGCCCCAUCUGCAGCCGCCCCUGCCGACGCGGAAUCAAGAGACGAUCACCGAGCUCCAGGACGACCUCAAUGGCGCGCUCCAAAACAUCGCGCAGCACAGGCCCCUUCAGUGCGGCCCUUCGGCCCUGACCCUGAGGGCCGGCAGCUUCCGGAGGCAGGAAGCCAAACGAAUCGCCGAGCUUGGAAACAGCAUCGAGAAGGGCUAUCAAACCCUCACGCUCAAGGUCGUGCAGCACAUCACCACCGGCAACGCGUAAUAACCUGCACGCAGCGCCCAUAUUCAGUGUGCUAUGUGGAUGGUAAAGUGCAGCGAGAAGAAAGUGUGGUUUUUUUUUUGUUUCUUUCUUUUCUGUGAUGUGAUUCGCAAAAGGAGAUUUGUUCUGCUGGCAUUGCUAAAAUUUAACAUGGAAAAAUCCUUUAUUGUGUCAAUAAUAUGUGAUACCAUAUGACUAA